GUGAUGAAUGUUUGUACGAAAGCUUUCCUGAACUUCCUUUGGAGGAAGCGCCAGAAGCUGAUGGAGAGACUGCAAACGUUCAGUGUCCAAUAUCCGCCAACGUUCAAGAGCUGCCUUCCCCAGCAACCUCCAGUGAAGCUUUCACACCAAAGGAGAGUUCUCCUUACAAGGCUCCAAUCUACAUUCCCGACGAUAUUCCUAUUCCUUCAGAGUUUGAGCUCCGUGAAUCCAGCGUUCCUGGAGCAGGAUUAGGGAUAUGGACCAAAAGGAAGAUUGAAGCGGGGGAAAAGUUUGGCCCUUUUGUAGGAGAGCAGCGGCCACACCUUAAAGAUCCCGGUUACGGUUGGGAG